AUGGAGACCCUACACAAACUUCAGUUAUCUCUUACUCAGGAUUUCAAGAAUCAUUUCGACACUGCUUACUCGGAUAUCAAUGCAGAAAUCGCCGCGUACAACGCGCGCGUUAAAAAUGCUGAGGAAAGAGCCAAGAUCGCCGAAGAGGCUCGCCAGAGGGCGGCGGACGAGUUAGACAUGUUAAGGCACGAGGUAUUCCUUCUACGAGAAGAACUACGACAGGAUGAGGUCAAUUCAAAAGAGGCCGAAAAUGCCGCUGAAAGCGCGCUUCGAUUGGACGAGACAUACGAACCGGGGCGCGUCCUUGGGAACAAGGAACUUUCAGCUAUUGAAACCGCAGACUUGAGAAGGAUUAGCGACAGAUAUAUCGAGCUGUACGGGCAAGCUGCGGUAAUCGUUCAAGCUUCAGGAAAUCUCAAAGACUUAGUUAAACGCCACAAAAACAAGGUAACCCGCUUGAAAGCGCUUCUUCAACGUCCAGGGCCUUCCUCCGCGCCUGACGCUGAGGCUAUCAAACACCAGCGACUCUCUACGAGGCCGACUACCUCACCGGUGCCUCUUGGAUCCCCAUGCUCUAUGGCCAACCCACUGAAAGACCCGGCCAGGGACAAAGCAAACGUCUCAUCUGGAGAACCUGCCCUUCCUACAACUGAGGUGGUACCGGAACAAGACAGCAACAUAACUAGAAAUGAGCAUAGAAUUUCAAACCACAGGCGACUGCAAGGGAAUGGUCCAGAUUUAUCAUCCACGUCAUCAGACGCCUCAACAGAGGGAUUACCGCCUAUCAAUGGUGCUACUACAAAUGCACAGCUUGAACAAUUAAAACUAAAGCGUACUGCUGCAGGGCAGACGAAGUCAAAGGACAAUUGGACCCUUGAAAUUUCAGGGAAAGGAGGCCCAGCUCAUCCUAUCAUGGUCAAAAGUGAGACUUUGUCAUCUAGCCCUCUGAUGGCUCCUUCGCCUCAGCCUGUACCGCCUGGAACUCAGGAUCUGGAUGACGUCGGUGACACUGUCGUUACUCCCACGAAAAGAAUCCGAUUCUAUAGGGACCAAGCUUACAGUGCCACUCCCAAGCAUCCCCAAAAUAGCUUGCGAUUGGCAUCGGGGCGACAUGCGCCCCAUCUUAACUGUGCAAGCAAGGGGAAUAAUCGCGUGUUGAGCGUGCUUCGACCUGUCGAUGGCAACUUACGGAGCUCGAGUACUGGGCAAAUGGCAGAUAAAAAGCGGAAAAAGGCCCUAGGCGCCACGAGGAUAUCUUCGAUAACUGAAGAUGGCGACGAAAACCGGCCACUAUCGUGGAUAAGAGGCACCAAACCACCCCAGGGCGAUUAUGCGCGAGACCUGUCAAGAGAGCAUCGAUUAUCGGACCUUCUCGAAACAACAUCGCCAGCGAGCCGAGCGUUGCAGUCCAAAGUGGCUACUAAUGUUUCUGCAGCCACUCCGAGCCGUGGUUUACACUCGAGUGUGAGAGGUAGCUCGAUGACGACUGGCAGCGAAACAGGAGCUACAUCCGUCACAAAACUGGCAACCUCAAAUUCCUCACAGGGUAGCCCUAAGCCGACUAUGCGCGAGAGCUAUUGUGACAAAUUACAGCAUCGAUCAGAACGCCUAAGCCAGCUCGAAGCAAUGCCCGACGACGAGCCAUACAGAGCCCGCCCGCCUCAGCGACUCGGUCUCGAACACUUCAGAAUAAAUCCAGAAUACAACAAUGGUCUGGACUACGCUUAUGACACGGUUAUCCGGAAAAGGGACGAGCGCAAAUGCGCCAGUGGCUGCACGCGUCCUGGUUGCUGUGGGGAGAAGUUCUCUGCCAUGGCACGUUUUGGCAUUCCCGUGGAUGCGUCAGGGAAAGCAAUGAGUGACCGUGAGAUACUAGAAGAAUUCUUAGGAGAAGACAAGAACGCCAUUGACAUACUUAGCUCUGAGUGCCGUGAUGGUCUUCUAGUCGAGGCAAAGGCCAGGGUUUUUGCCAACCAGUUUGGUAAGCACAGGCACCAACACCACAAACCGGGCACACCCCCUGGGUUCUGGCGCACAGGAAUGCCCGGUACACAGGAAAUAGAAGAGGAUCGCGAGGAUGCACGGAGAUUGGAGAGGGAGAAGGUGCAGGAGCGCUAUCGAGAAGCAUUGCGUCCCAACGGGCUAUGGAGGUUCGCAGAUGAGUGA